AUGUUAUCUUAAAGGCUAAAUUGCUUAAUAAUUAUUUAUUUUUGUUGCUGUCUUAGUUAAUUUUUUAAUUUAUUUGUUCUUAAUAUAUCUUUAAAUCAAACAUAUAUAAUGAGUAAAUCUUUAGAUAUUUGUAAAUCAUCUUUAGUAAGUUUAAAAGCAGAACUCUUACGCAAACAAGAUGAAGCAAACAAAGCAAAAAGUUUUUCUGGUGAUACAUUUAUUCGACCAAUACCUGGUGCUAAGACACCAUCAUGUCUUCUUCAGUCUAAUGAAGGUGUUGAAAAAAGAAACGCUAAAGACUUAGAAGAAGAAUAUACACCAGAUAUUGAAAAUAGUUUGAAGAAAUCAAGAGAUGUGUUAACAAUGAAAGCAAAAUUGUAUGACAAACUAGUUAAAGGUGAAAUGGUAAGCGAACAAGAUAAAACAUUUUUAGUUGAUUUUAAACAAAAAGUUACUGAAAGUAAAACUACUCAACCUGUAUCUUACACAAAAGAACAUAAUAAAGAGCAGGAAAAAUCUGAUCCCGAUGCAGAUUUAGAUAAAUAUGAUUCAGGAGCUGAUGAUGAUUGGAUAGAUUAUACAGAUUUCUUUGGGCGCACUAGGAGAUGUUUAAAAACAGAUCUAGAAUUUUUCAAAAAAAGAGAUCAAAGGAUUGAAAAAGAAUUAGAACCACCACCACCACCACCACCUAGUGAAAUGAAACAACAAACACCUAUAACUUCACAAACAUUUGUAAAAGAAGGUAGGAAUCCAGAAGAAAUAUCUGAACUUUUUUCAUCAGAUAUGCGUAGAGAACAAUUGCGUCUCAAAUGGGAAGAAGAAGAAAAAAAAUUAGCCCAACGAACUGACAUUCAUUAUGAAGAUAUACGAUUUGACGAGGUUCGGGAGCAUGGUGUUGGUUAUUAUUCAUUUUCAACGGACGUAAAAGAACGUCAUCGUCAGCAAGCUGAGCUUAAAAAACUUCGAGAACAGACUAAAACCACGCAAAUUUCCGUACAAAAGCUCAAGGAAAAGCGUGCCGCACAGAUGGCUGUCCGACUUAGAGCCAUUAAGCGACGUAAAAAGGAAAAACUCGGGCUUCCGAUGGAUUCCAGUUCGGAUGAAGAAGCGCCACCACCAAAAGCUCCGUCCCCAGAGAUUGUCGAAGAUAUAGAUGCCGAACGAGCAUUUGAAAAGUUGAGAAAAGCCGCUCAUGUCAGACCUUGGGAUCACGGGAAGGAUGGAUUACAAAAACCUUUGUUGACUCAAGAAGAGUGGAAUGAAAAGCAACGGGCUGAAAGGAAGCCAGAUUUUGCGUGGAAUUACGACGACGACACGAAAGUGCCCAAACGCCGAUCUAAUAACUUUAAACACGUCGACGAAGAUGAUAACGAGGAUGACGAGGACGACAACGAAGAUAUGGUUGGACCGUCGUUGGAUAUGUUCAUUGCACCAAAUAAUCCAAAUAAACAGAGUACAAUUACGCCGAAAAAUUUCAAACAGUUUAUUCACAACGAGUUGGACGAUGAACCUACGGCCACUAACAUCAAUCCGUCUUAUGACGACGAUAGCCAUUUGGAUAGCAUUCCGUUACCAACUGAAUCUAAGAAAGGAGCAGAAAUUGCACCACCUCCCACAUACGAAUAUUAUGGACCAAGUGGGCGAGGACCAAAAGCACAAGACAACUUUAUUAGUGUUAAUGAAAUGCAGGACUCUAUUUCCAAAGGAUUUUCAAACGUAAAAAACAUGAAUAAACCUCGAUCAGUCAGAGGUAUCGUGGACGAUGAUGAAGAUGAUUAAUAGCAAAUAGAUUUCAAGAUGUUACCGAAUGAAAAACAUUAUACUAUUAUUAUGUAUGUAAUUUGUUAUAAAUAUAGAAUUAUUUUGUGACACGAUAAUUACAAAAAUGUCUUAUAAACUGUAGACUCGUAUUAUA